GAGACCGUACUCGAGACUCCCCCGCUACAUCCUCGCUUUCGCAACACACACACAAAACCCCCAAAUUUCUUCUCUCCACGAUUUCCCCGCCAUUUGUUUAUCCCUUGCACACCUAUCAUUUUAUCUACACAUUUCUAGGGUUUUAUUUCAAUCCACUACAUUCAAACCCUAAUUCACUCCUAAUCUCAACUGAAUUGACACAUUUUUGGUGUUAUAGAUGUGUGUUUAGUUUAAUUUCAUGGCUAGUUCGCGGCGAAUUCCCCGAGGCAUCAGCCUCUCCAACACUGUGCACUCUGAUGUGGCUCCGUGCUUGCCGUUGCCGUCGCUGCCGGUGUUUUUCGGCUCGCUUGAUCAGGAGAUUCGGCUUUCGGAGGAGGCGAAUGGUUCGAGAUCGGUGAAUCGGAGAGAUGUGGUGAAUCAGGCGGAGAAAAUUGCUAGUUUGCUUCAAGGAACUGAUGUCUCGUAUUUGAGUCUCAAGGGAGACUCAAGCUCACAAUGUUAUGGCUCUGUUGGACCUACGGACCUCUAUGAUGAGGUUCUUCGAAGCAACUCGGAAGCAUUCGAGUCCUAUGUGCCAGGUGUCUCUGGUCAUUUCAAGGAGCAACUUUAUAAUCUUAAGAUAAUUGAAGAGCCAUUACAGCAGGAUUUACCUGCAGCUAAUCAAGUUCAAAGAGAGACUAGCAGAACACAAAAUAACCAUGAUAACCACGACAAGAUUUUGACUUCUUCUAGGAAACAGAAAGUCAAAAAGAAGGGAAGUGAUAUUGGGAGUGGUCCUGAUGCCUCAGCCGUUCAAGAUGCUGUAAUUGGAGGUUUUUGUGCUGGGUUAGAGGAUUUGUGUGGUCGGGCAGAAAUGAACGAUGAUGAUCGUGAAGAAUCUGAAUGGUUACCAUUAUCCCUUGCUGAUAUUAAAGUACUUGUGAAUGAUGUAGUUUCUAUCCGAGCAAAGAACUACCUACAUUUGGUUCCUGUAGAUAUUCUUGUGAGAACCUUAAGGGUUUUAGAUCAUCAGAUUCAUCGAGCAGAAGGUCUUUCAAUUAAUGAAUGUGAACAUGCAGAUUCAGAUGUUCUAUCAUCAGUAUCUGUUGCUCUAGAGUCCAUUCACGCUGCUCUACUGGUAAUGGCUAAUAGUGGCAUGCCGAAGAAGCUCUAUAAUGAAGAGAUGAUAGAACGAAUACUGGAGUUUUCCAAGUAUCAAAUGAUGGAUAUCAUGUCAGCAUGUGAUCCAGCUUACCGUGCGCUGCACAGACCAAGUGAAAAUGGGAACUUUGAAGAUGAUGUUGAAGAUGGUUUUGAUUUUGGUUCUGCGAGUAAGAGAAGGCGUACCUCGAAGGGUGUAAAAGUGAGGAAACCAGCUGUGAACAGAGUUUCUGCCGUUGUGAAUAAUAUAGAUCAGAAACUGUGCAUUAUUCUCGGUCUUCUGAAAGACUUGUUGUCUAUAGAGCGCCUUUCAGAUAGUUGCAUUUUUCAAUUGGCAAAGACAAGCUUCUCAACGUUAUUGGUGGAAAAUAUCCAAUUGCUGCAGCUGAAAGCACUCAGUUUAAUUUGUGGGAUAUUCUAUUCAUACAAACAACAUCGAACUUAUCUGAUUGAUGAGUUGGUGCUCUUGCUAUUAAAGUUGCCAAUGACAAAGCGACCACCAAGACAUUAUCAUCUACCUGAUGAUGAGCAGAAGCAGAUUCAAAUGGUAACUGCUCUAUUGCUUCAGUUGGUUCAUUGUAGUGCCAACCUUCCUGAUGCUUUAAGGGAGUCUGAUGGCACUGCGUUCCUUCUCGAGCCUUCAAUUGAUGCCGCUUACCCUAGCAAGUGCCAUGAGGCAGUCACAGAGACAUGUUGUGUUUUCUGGACUCGAGUUCUUCAGAGAUUUACAAGUACAAAGAGUCAUGAUGCAGCAGAGCUGAAGAACAUGAUGGAUAAUCUUGUGGCUGAUUUAUUGACGACAUUGAAUUUGCCUGAGUAUCCUGCUGCAGCUGUUAUUCUGGAGGUGCUCUGUGUCCUACUACUUCAGAAUGCUGGUUUGAAAUCCAAGGAUAUUGCUGCUCGUUCGAUGACGAUUGAACUCCUUGGUACAGUUGCUGCCAGGUUAAAACAGGAUGCUGUGCUAUGUAGGAGGGAAACCUUUUGGAUCCUGAAAGAGUUUAUGAAUGAUGAUGCAAGUCGGAGCUAUCCGAAAGAUGCAUGUUCUGUUUGCUUGGGUGCAAAGAAUGCAAAUUCUAUGGUUUUAUGCCAAGGUUGUCAAAGAUUAUUUCAUGUUGAGUGCAUGGGAAUAAGAGAAGAUGAAAUUUCUAUCCGCAGCUGGGACUGUCAGUUUUGUGCUUGCAAUAAGCAACUUCUUGCGUUACAAUCAUACUGUAAAUCACAGUGCAAGAAUGAUGGCAAAAAGGAGUCUAGUUCUUCUGAAGCUUCUGAGACCACUACAAAGAUGGAGAUAAUUCAGCAGAUGCUUCUGAAUUAUCUUGAGGAUGCUGGUUCUUCUGUUGAUAUGCAUCUCGUUACCCGAUGGUUUUAUCUUUGCUCGUGGUACAAAGAUGAUCUGAGUUGCCAACAGAAGUUACUCUUUUUUCUUGCUCGGCUUAAAUCAAGAGCACUUGUACGCGACUCGAAGACCGUUUCUUCUAUUUUGAAAAGGAGUUCAAUUAAAAAGAUAACUUUAGCCAUGGGUCAAAACAAUUCUUUCUCCAGAGGAUUUGAUAAAAUCCUUCAAAUGCUUCUGGCAAGUUUAAGGGAGAACUCUCCUGUUAUCCGUGCCAAGGCAUUAAGAGCAGUUAGUAUUAUUGUUGAAGCUGAUCCAGAAGUUUUGCGUGAUCAACAUGUCCAAUCGGCUGUUGAAGGAAGGUUCUGUGAUUCGUCUAUAUCUGUUAGAGAAGUAUCUCUUGAACUUGUUGGUCGCUAUAUUACUUCACAUCCUGAUGUUGGUUCAAAGUAUUUUGAGAAGGUUGCUGAGAGAAUAAAAGAUACUGGAGUAAGCGUGCGGAAACGAGCUAUCAAAAUUAUAAGGGAUAUGUGCACUGCAAAUCCAAAUUUCUCAGAAUUCACUAAUGCUUGCAUUGUAAUUAUUUCCCGUAUUUGUGAUGAAGAAUCCAGUAUUCAGGAUCUUGUAUGCAAGACGUUUUAUGAGUUCUGGUUUGACGAUUCUGCAAGUUCACAGACUCGGUCUUUUGGAGAUGGUAGUUCUGUACCAAUAGAAGUAGCUAAGAAGACUGAGCAGAUUGUCGAGAUGCAGCGAAGGAUGAAAGACAAUCAACUUCUUGUCACAGUCAUUAAGCGUAACUUGGCCCUUGACUUUCUAACACAAUCGGCAAAAGCUGCCGGGAUCAAUCCCGUUGCUCUUGCAUCAGUGCGUAAGCGCUGUGAGCUUAUGUGUAAAUGUUUGUUGGAGAGAAUACUUCAGGUAGAAGAAAUGACAGGCGUAGAAGUGGAGUUGAGCUCACUUCCUUAUGUUCUUUUGUUGCAUGCCUUUUGUGUCGUGGAUCCUGCACUAUGUGCACCGUCUUCUGAUCCUUCGCAGUUUGUUGUCACUUUAGAGCCAUACUUGAAGACUCAGGCUGAUAGCCGAGAAGUUGCACAGCUAUUGGAAAGCAUAGUGUUUGUCAUUGAUUCUGUUUUACCCUUGGCUCCAAAGAUUCCUCAGGCUGUUGUUGAAGAGCUUGAGAAAGAUUUGAAACAGAUGAUUGUGCGACAUUCUUUCUUAACUGUUGUCCAUGCUUGCAUCAAGUGUCUUUGCACAGUGAGUAAAGUAGCAGGUAAAGGUGCAAGAGUAGUCGAAUAUCUAAUUCGUGUUUUUUUCAAAAGAUUGGAUGCAUUAGGGUUUGACAAUAAACAGCAAGUGGGCCGCUCACUUUUCUGUCUGGGUUUGUUAAUUCGUUAUGGUAACUCCUUGCUAAGUACCUCUAGCAACAGAAAUCUAGAUGUUGAAAAAAGUGUCACCUUAUUCAAGAAGUAUCUUACGGCUGAAGACUUUGUUUUUAAAAUUAGAUCAUUGCAAGCAUUAGGAUAUGUUUUAGUUGCCAGGCCUGAAUUCAUGUUGGAGGAGGGUGUGGGAAAGAUUUUGGAGGCAACAUUGUCUUCCAGUACAGAUUAUCGUCUUAAGUUGCAAUCAUUGCAGAAUCUGUAUGAGUAUCUUCUUGAUGCGGAAAGUCAAAUGGGGAAGGAUAAUUCCAAUGACAAGGAGGUUGCUUAUUCAGUAGAGGGUGGUCAAAGUGUGCCUGUUGCUGCUGGUGCAGGUGAUACCAACAUAUGUGGUGGGAUUGUUCAGCUGUAUUGGAAUAGCAUCUUAGGUAGAUGUUUGGAUGAGAUUGAACCAGUACGGAGAUCUGCUCUUAAGAUUGUGGAAGCUGUGCUGCGGCAAGGUCUGGUUCAUCCAAUCACUUGUGUACCAUACCUUAUAGCGCUGGAAACAGACCCUCAGGAGGUUAACUCGAAGCUGGCGCAUCAUUUACUGAUGAAUAUGAAUGAGAAGUAUCCUGCUUUCUUUGAAAGUCGACUUGGGGAUGGUCUUCAGAUGUCAUUUAUAUUCAUACAAUCCAUGAAUCAAAGUAACCCUGAGAAAUUUAAUGCUAAGCUUCAAUCAAAAUCACUUGGUAAUGUAAAGGGCAAAUCAGAUGCCAGUUCUGUGGCCUAUGCAAAAUUGGGGGUUUCUCGAAUCUACAAGCUCAUUCGUGGUAAUCGUGUUUCAAGGAACAAGUUUAUGUCAUCAGUUAUUCGCAAGUUUGACAAUCUUGCCUGCAGUAGUUCAGUGAUUCCAUUCUUAAUGUACUGCACAGAAAUCCUUGCUUUACUUCCUUUCUCUUUGCUAGAUGAACCUCUUUAUUUAGUGUAUGCUAUUAAUCGAGUAUUACAAGUUAGAGCUGGAACGUUGGAGGCAAAUAUGAAAGCUUUGUUGCAUCUAUUGCAAAGUAGUCAGAAUUUUGUUGCUGGAAACGGGAAUAUUUUGCCAAAACCAUCUGCUCAAGCGGUUUCUGCUAAUUCAGUAUCUUAUGAUUUGAAUGGGACAUUAUCAGAGAAUGCUGAUGCUGAUUUUCUGGUUUCUAGUCAUUCAGCACCCAGGGAAUCAAAUUUGCAUUCUGUGAGCUUGCAUGAAGCCUUUGGAACUUCUGAAGAUGUUUUACGGAAACUUCAGGAGUACUGUCUUGCAGCUUCUGCAUUGCAACUACUUAUGAGGCUAAAAAGGCACUUAAAAGUUGUUUUUAGUCUUGAUGAUGCUCGAUGUCAGGCAUUUUCUCCAAAUGAAUCUCAGAAGUCAGGGGAUGUUCUCUCGCGGCAAAAUAUUCCCUUCAACAUCAGUGAAACACGUCUUGAUCUCCCAAGCACGUAUAAUGAUUUGUUGCAAAGAUAUCAGGAAUUCAAAAAUGCCCUGAGAGAAGACACUGUUGACUACUCGACCUACACGGCCAAUAUCAAAAGGAAGCGUCCUACACCCAGAAAAGCUGGAAAAUCUAAUCGUAUGAUAGGCCAGAAUGAUGAAGAAGCUGAAUCUGAUGAAGAAUGGGAAAGUGGAGGUCGGAGGGUAAACAAUGGGAGACGAGGAAGUAGCGUCAGAACUAGGCAGCGAUUGUAGUUCUAGAUACACAUAGCUUACAGUUAACAGUUGUGCAUUAUAUAGGAUGAGUAGGGAAGAAAGGUUAACAUAACAGAAUAGGAAGGGAUGAUACAUAUAGUAUUUAGAGAGAAACGAAAGCACAUAUUGACAGUCAGGUCCCAGAAAGCUCUGGUUAGGGGAAACUUUUGAGGGGCUAUUUUGGCUAAGAAUGAAGCUGCACUUCCAUUUCUGUAUCACAUAUGGCAUAACGUAUAUGUUGCCAUUGCAAGCAGUAUGAGGUUAGCCUUUAUUGUAAGCUUUUGACCCAUCAAAUUGAGGUAAAUAUUUUGCCCCCUCUUGCAAGUAGUGAGUGAUGUAUGUUGUGAAUUUGUAAAAGGGUAGUCAUCCUAUUUUUUUAUUAAUAUGAUGAUAUGAUCAUGUAUAUUAUUAUUUCUCGAUCAUGAUAUGAAUAUGAUAGUACUUUCUCUGUCC